AUGUAUAGGAUAAAAUGGGAACACAAACGCAUUGUACAUGAAGAUGCUGUUGAUUAUCUCGAAAAAAUCCUCCGCCAACUUGUGCAAGCCUUCAUUGAUGCUGCUGUUCAUAUCAAGGACCCCAAGUACAAGACAAUGCGAUUGGUUGAUAUGCUUGUUGGUAUACAGAUGAUACUCAGUAUUUCUUAUGAGAUGCCUGUAAAAACAAAGGUCAACCAAGUUAUCAAAUAUUACAAUUAUCUUAUCCAUAAAUGCAAUCUAACUGCAAAUGCUGCUAUGGCUAAAAUGCAAGAUAUUGAGUUCAAGGCAAACACAUUCCAAGAGAUGUUCAAGAAUUCCUAUCCGAACAUAAGGGUAUGCAAUGAGGCCUAUAUUGCCCUACAAGCAGUUUUAGGCCUGAUCUUGAGCGACCUGUUCAACACAUUCUCAUUUCAAAAUGUGAGAAAUGGAUACAAGCUAGACUUUGUCAAAUCUGUCAUAGACAAGACCAUCUCCUACAGGAAUAUGUUCUAUAGACAUAAAUACGAACCCACAUCUAUAGAGAUGGAGGCCUUGCCGCCAUUGACAAAGAGCAUUUACGACAAUCUCAUAUCUAAGAUCCGUGGAACUUGUAAACGGGUAGCACCCGAUGCUAUGCAACACAUACAGUCUCUUGCUGCAGGCCUGUUGAAUAGAAUCCUGAAGAUCAUCCAUAAAGACACCAAAUGUUCACAUGACUAUGACUAUCUUUAUACGGUGCUGCAUAAAAAUAUGCUUGCAAAUCAGCUCUUGACACAGUGUUAUGAGUCGUGGUUCGAAAAUAAUGAUAUAUCAUUGAAGACAAUAGUUGAGCAGUUCAAGAAAGAUACCAAAAUCCAACAUGAGACCAUUGUCAUUUGGAUCAAUAUGCUAUCAGACCCACAGGCUCCAAUAUUGAAUGAAAGCACCAUAUGGAUGAUCCAUCUGAUAGUUGAGUCAUAUAUUAUCAACAUCCUCGAUAAGUCUUGCACAUAUGCCAAAUACAUGCAGAGAGCUAUCAUCACCAGGAAAUACAUAGAGGUGGUCAUGGAAUAUGUCUGA